AUGCAAACAGGAUCUUUUAAAUCAGAGGGGUUAAUUUUAUAUACAAAAUUUAACGACAUUAAUGAUUUAAAUUUAUUAAAAAACGUUUUAAUAGAUAAAUAUGGUAUUGAUACUACGGUAUUAAAUCAUUCUGGUAAGAUGGAAAUAUGUAUUAAAGUAGAAUCUAUACCACUUUUACGUUCAAUUAUUCAUCCUUAUAUGUACCCUGAAUUAUACUAUUUAUUAGACAGUAAUCAUUUAAAUACAACAGGUGGUUAUAUAAACUAUAAUGACCAAAUUAAAACAGUUGCUACUUAUGAUGAUGCUGACGUUAAUAAAGAAUUGGCUGUUAAAGAAAAUAGGGGUAAAUCAGGUAUAUAUCGUUGA